GGAAAAUGGCCGACAAGAUGUCGUCGACAUGGAGAAGACUUUAUGUCGAUAAAUUAAGGGCAAGGAUUCGAUUAGAUUUCACUCUUGCAAGUGGACAAUCAUUUAGAUGGAGGGAAACAGCGCCUGGGGAAUGGACAAACGUGUUAUCAAGCUACGUGUGGACCCUUAAGCAGGACGAGAGUGAUAUUUUGUAUCGUGUCUACGAGUCAGUUGUUGUAAAGAACAAACGAAUUUUAAAAGAAGUUCGUAAAUGUCCAGAACACAGUGUUAGUUGUUACUCAACUGAAAAACUGCCUCAGUCCGAUGUAUACGAGUGCAUUCUACGAGAUUACUUUCAGCUUGGAGUCGAAACUGAAUCGCUCUACGACGAGUGGAGAGCCAAGGAUCCUCACUUUGUCAAAGUUUCAGAGAGUAUGCAAGGCGUUCGAGUUUUACGACAAGACCCAAUAGAAACUCUGUUUGCGUUUAUAUGCUCAUCAAACAAUAAUAUCCCACGGAUUAGCGGAAUGGUUGCAAAACUUUGUCAUGAUUAUGGAGAGAAUCUUGGAGAAAUUGAUGGUGUUUCAUACUAUAGUUUCCCUGACAUAAAAGAUUUGAAUGGGCCAAGAGUUGAACAGCACUUGCGAAGUAUUGGGUUUGGGUAUCGAGCAAAAUUUAUAAGUCAAUGUGCAAGCUACAUUCUUGAACAUUAUGACAGUAAGUGGUUGGAGACCCUAAGAAGUGUGCCAUAUGAAGAGGCCCAUGAAGGUGAGAUCUUAGGUGUUAGACUUGUGUUCUGUAAAGCUGGAAUCGACCAUUUCUAUGCAUACCAGUCACUUUAAACCUUAAUAUCAGCUUGCUUAUGUCUUUAUUCAUUCAUGAAAAAUCAGUUUGAUCAACUGAUUCGACUUAAUAUGUUACUUCUGGCUGGUUAGGUCCUUCAGAUCAUAUGUGAGGGUAGUAGAGGGGGUCCUGAUCCCGUUUCACACACAUAUACUUUAAACAGAAUUUCACAUGUCAGGGUAAACCUCAAAUGUCUCCUCUUGUGUGCAAGGUUUCAGAGAAAUUUUGAGGUUUUCUCUGAAUGAAGUACAAAAAUUCACAGUUUAUGUAUAUUUUAGGAGCCAAAUUAUGGCUUAUGCUAGUUUAUAAAUGGAUGAAUUGCUCUUACCUUUUGGUAAAAUGCAGAUAUCACAUAUUAAUUCAUGACUCUUUGCCACCCUUAUAUGUGCUUGUGGACUUGGAUUGCACAAUCCACCUCAAAAUGCUCAGCCUUAUAUACAGUGGAAGCUCACUCAACCUUUUAACUUCCAAAGUCUGACUUUUUCCCUCCAGCUGCUCCAUAUUUCCCUCUGGUUUGUUAAGGGAAUGUUCUCUGAGUAAUUAUUUGCUUAUUCUCAUCACCUGUUUGAUGUCUAAUGUAUUGAUAUAAUUUGUAAGUAACUUGUCAUCACUUCUGAAAGUGAAAGGGUUGUGAGUAUCUCUUAGAGGCAGAAGGGUUAGUUCUGUGGGUACGUUACCAGUAAGGAAAUGUUUAAUAUGUGUCCUUUGAUGUGAAACGUGUGGCCACCAUUUUGGAUUGGAGUGCUAUGUAAUAGAGAGAUAUGUAUUUUUGCCCAUAUUUACCAAACUCAAAUAUUGUGGCUGGCCAGAUUAACAUAUUACAUGAUUAACAUAUUACACCAACUUGUGCUCUCCAAAAAGAUGCUUGCAUUCUAGACCUUUGGUGGUAGCUUUCCAGAAGCAUUCUAUGUGUUUGAUAGAUUACAUAGAGAAGAACUAAAAUCACUCCUGAUCUAAUUUAACAGGGUGAACUAAAACAUUGUUGUUGGUACCCAGACGAUUUUUAUAUAUAAGUAUUCCAAUUUUCAACUUGUCAACUUCAUCAACUGGUGCUGUUUUUGUUUUUGUUUUGUUUUGUUUUUUAAUUGCAAAAACCAGUGCUUUGUAAGCUACCAGGUGUGGGAGCCAAGGUUGCGGAUUGUGUUUGCCUAAUGUCAUUGGACAAACAUGAUGCUGUUCCAGUGGACACACAUGUGUGGCAGAUAACUGCAAAACACUACAUGCCCCAACUUGCAAGGACCAAGUCUCUUACUGCCAAGGUUUAUAAGCAAAUUGGUAAGUAGACUAGAGUGUGAAUUGUUAGGGGUAAGGAAUUCAUGAAUUUUUGUAUGUAUUGACUAUGCGGUGUGGCUGUAUAGGAAAAUAUUUGACUCCAGAGGUCUCCUGAUCCAAAACAUAUUUAAAAGUUUCUGCAAUUGCAGAUAAUGAUUCAUGUUGAGCUUGUAAAUCAGUUUAUGCCACCUUUUUUCUUCAGGUGAUCAUUACAGGGACCUGUUUGGGAAGUAUGCUGGAUGGGCACAAUCGGUAAUGGUUUUUGCAUCACUAUUUCUCAAAAUCAUAAGCAACAAUACUGAACAAUGGUAGAAAUCAAAUCUAUUCUUUAGGAAAUCAGGGUACUUUUGUUAAAAAUUAACACCAUGCAUCUAUGAUGCUCAUAAUCAUGCAGUGCAAAACUCUGAUAUGUCACAUAAAAUCUUUUCACAACAAUAGUUAACAAUUAAUUUGUAAAUACCUACAACCACGCUGUGUCCUUCUUUUCUCUGUUGCAGGUUCUUUUUGUCGCUGAUUUAAAGAGAUUUCAAGAUACUCAGACUACCAGUUUAACAAAUUUAAACUCAAAAUCUGCCAAGGUAAGGAAUACACAAUUUGCUCUACAUAAUGAAUAGAGAAUUUAGAAAAGACAACGAUUGAUUUUCCUGUAUUAAUUUAAUUGAAUGAAUCUGUGUUGGUGAAAGCGUCGUUAUGUUUGAUAGAAACUUGAAAUUCAAGUGUAAAGACUAAAGUAUCUUAUUUUUAAUAUUUGCCUUAGAGGUCUAUGGAAUCCGAUAUGCCGUCAACAAGCAGCUCCAAGCGUCCCGCCAAAAAGAAAAAGAAGAACCGGAUAUAGGCUAA